AAAGAUCCGGUUCCGUUUUCGAAGUUAUUAUAAAAAAAAAAAUAAAUAACCACCGGCGCCGCGACCGUUGCAUUUCAGCUCGGUGUAAAUAAUCGUUGUUCAUCUCCGAAUGUUUUUUGAAUUCUCGUUUGUCGGGUGGGGAAAACAGGUUGUGGUACGCGUUAGUAAAAGGAGGAGUGGCAAAUGCAUACACGCGUGUACGAGUUGUGAGUUGUAACACGAAAUCACUAUUCAGUAUUCAGUAUCACUACUUAAGUAAAUACUUACGGUCGCACACGUGCGUAUACUCGGAUUGCCAUCACCUCGUUAACAUGUGUCUGUGUAAUGUUCGAUGUCCAUCGUACAAGUGAAAUCCAUCGUCUAAUGCUGCAGUAAUUCAUUAAUACAUUAUUGUUAUACAAGAAUGUUCAGUUAAGAGUUAAUCGAUCGAACGCUUUCAACGUCCGGUGACAUUUGAUUAAUAUAAUUGUCGGUACAAUAAAUUAACGGCUUUAAAAUGUCCGUCAAAAAAGUCCUCCGCAUUUUUAAUCCUCAUGCUGUCCACGCGGUCAUUUUACUGACAUUAAGUUACUUCUUAGUGCAACUAGUUUUCAGUCAUAUAUCGCAUUCACUCACAUUGCUCGUCGACUCGUACCACGUGCUAUGCAAACUUAUAUACUUUUUUGGAUCUGUGCUGUGUAUUAAGAAAAACGAUUAUGAAGAGGAGUGUUCAAACGAAGGUUGUGCGGAAAAAAUCAUCAAGGUGGAGGACAAUUCACCAGAGACCAACUUGACAGUAUCUAAAUCCGGCCAAUUAUCGUCUUCCAGUUGCGUACAUCGUCAUCCCGAGAAGAAGUUAAAGAAUACAUUCGGAUGGGCAAGAAUCGAAGUAGUCUUAAUGCUCGGCGGUUGCGUGUUUUUGGCGUCACUUAGUUUCUCCCUGGUGGUCGAAGCCAUUCAGACCCUCAUACACAUCGACCAUCAAGAUCCAAUGCAUCAACCGAUAUCAGUGUUCAUUAUUGGUCUUGUUGGUAUACUUAUCCACGGACUAUGUUGUUUAUUACUAGGAGGCCCAGUAGUACAAAACGCAAGAGUUCCUGAUGAAGAAAGCGCCAAUGCUCUUUUAAAUUCCGGUCAAUUACUGAAAAAAAAAAUACAAAUUAAAAACUGUUGUUCAAGAGAAAUAUGUCGAGAUGUAGUUGGUUGCACAAUGGUAAUGAUAUGUUCUAUCGUCGUAUUAUUCACAGACCCUAGUAUAGCAAAGUUCGUUGAUCCUGGAAUUUCAAUCAUAUCGGCGGCAAUAUUGCUCUAUCUUAAAUAUCCAAAUAUGAAAGAAUCGUGUCUGAUUCUUCUUCAAACUAUGCCCGACCAUAUGAAUAUUGAUGCCAUUUGCAAAAACUUGAUGAAAACAUUUCCAGACAUAGUAAACGUACAUGAACUGCAUAUAUGGCAAUUGACUGAAGAUAAAAUAAUAUCUACUGCACAUAUAAUGUUUCUUAACCCUCAAGAUUAUUUGCGAAUAAAUAAAGCGGUCGUUAACUUUUUCCACGAUAAUGGCAUUUUAGAAGUGACUAUUCAACCAGAGUUUUUCAAAGACGAUCAGAAUAUACAAAUGGUUCCAGAGUAUGGAAUGGGACAGUGUUUGGUUCAGUGCAAUAAUAUCGAGUGUUUUGAUAGAAAUUGCUGUGAACCAGAUGACAUUGAAUCAAUUCAGCAAUGUUAAGCUUCAAACAGUACAGCUUUAAAGAGUUGAAACAAUCGUCUUGCUCACCAACAAUAAUCGUUAUUUGAUAAAUCUUUACAAAUAUACAAAAGUAAAUAUUUCAAAUUUGAUUACCUUAUAGGUACCACGUGUAAAUGGGUUAUAUUGACCUUAUUUAUUAUUAUAUAUAUAUAUUUUUUUUAAUGGAAAAUGCGUUCCUAUGUGUACUCAUAAUUGUGUUACUGUGAAUGUAUUUAUACUGAAUCGUUA